AUGGGGGAUGCAGAAAAUUCUCUUCCUCCUUCAAAGAAGAGGGCCGCUGGAAGGGAGAUAUCCAGAGAUAACCCUGGUCUUGAUGAUGAUGACUCUAUCGAGCAAGAAACUGGAACUUUCAAGAAAGCCAGUGAUGAGGUACUGGCAGGCAGAAGAAUUGUGAAAGUUCGUCGCAAUCAAACUGCAUCAACUCCAUCAUCCAAUCCAUUUGCUGGCAUUCGCUUGGUGCCUAACACUGAGCCAAUUGCAGCCCCUGUUUUAGUCACAACUGAAGUGAUGAGUGCUAGGGAGCAAGCUUCAGAAGAAGGGAAGAGUGAUGUUUGUGAGGAUGAUAAAAAGGGUAAAGGUGAGAAGAGUGAGCAUUUAGAGAGUGAGAUUGAUAAGCCAGUGGCUGAAAUUGCUACAGAUAAGGAGAACAGUAAGGAGUCCGAGGGCAAGACUGAUGAGCCAGUGACUGAGAGUGCCAUGGACAAGGAGAGCAUAGAAGAUAAGGGAAAUGCCGAAGAUAAACUAGUGACUGAAACUGCUACAGAUAAGGAUAAGAGUAAGGAUUCAGAGGGCAAGACUGAUGAGCCAGUGGAUAAGGAGAGUGCAGAAGAUAAGGGAAAUGAUAGUAUAGUCACUGAGGCAACUGAAUCGAAGGUGGAUAAUGAGAAUCCAGCUGAAGAUGAGACUGUGAAAGAAAAGGCUACAGGUGACGAUGACGCAGAAAAACAAGACAAGAAGGAUAAUGGUAGUGAAAAUGUUGAUCCAAGUGCUGAAGGUGCCCCUUUGAAUUCAUUCCAUCAGCUUUCAAGUAGCCAAAAUGCUUUCACAGGGCUAGCUGGAACUGGGUUUUCCACUACUACAUUCACCUUUGGUUCAGUUUCUAAGGAUGGCUCUGUACCGGGCAGUGGUUCUGGCUCUCUGUUUGGGCAGAAAAAUGAACAGCCUUCUUUUGGAUUUGGUCUCUCUAACAAUGGAAGUUCUUCACUGUCAUCUAUUGUCUCAAAGACCGAGGGAAGUGGUUUUCCAUCUAUGCAGGAGGUUCCAGUUGAGACAGGGGAAGAGAAUGAGAGAGUGGUUUUCUCUGCUGAUUCGGUUUUGUUUGAAUAUUUUGAUGGUGGCUGGAAGGAGCGUGGAAAGGGAGAACUCAAGGUCAACGUAUCUACCGCUGGGGCUGAAAAAGCCAGACUUCUAAUGAGAGCUAGGGGUAAUUUCAGGUUGAUUCUGAAUGCAAGUCUUUAUCCUGAUAUGAAGCUUACAAAUAUGGACAAGCGAGGUAUCACUUUUGCCUGCAUGAAUAGUAUUGGUGAAGGUAAGGACAGCCUUUCCACUUUUGCGCUGAAGUUCAAAGACGGUUCCAUUGUGGAAGAGUUUCGUGCAGCUGUCACCGCACAUAAAGAUAAAGCACCUGCGGCUCUGAAGACUCCAGAGAAUUCACCGAAGGCUUCUGAUGAGUGA